AUGAAGGAACUUGUAAGUGAUAUUUUUGAAAAGGAACAUCUUACACUGUUAACAAGGUUUGAUAGAGUCACUUCAAGAAAAUUCCAAGUUGGUGACCAGUUCCUUCCACAGCCAAUGUGCGGGUCUCUAGAUUCCUUGAGUUUCCAAAACAUGUCAUGGGUACCAUCUCCAGAGGUUUAGAGUAGAGCCCAGAUUGUCUGCUAUCUAAUCAAUCAGUAUUAAAGCAUCAAAGAAACAGUGCAUGGGCUCAUCGGAAACAUCUGCCCCCAAUUUGUCUUGGGUCUCCCCUAUGCGGAAAAGAUGGAUAUCCAGAGACAAGUUUAGUUCAUGAAGCCAGAGGCCUGGCUAUCUAGUACACAUCCUUGGUCUAGCCAGCUGUUGCUGAUUUGUCAUGUCUCCAGCUUCUACUCAAAGCCUAUUUGGGUGAUGUGGAUGUGGGGUGAACAGGAGCAAUCAGGCACUCAGCAAGGUGAUGUCUCACCUAAUAAUGAUGGGACAUGGUAUCUUCAUGAGAUCCUGGUUGUAGAGGCUGAAGAGACAGCUGGUUUGACUUGCCAAGUGAGACACAGCAGUCUAGGAGACCAAGACAUCAUUCUCUACUGGUGACAUCACCUUUCCAUGAACUUAAUUCUGUUGGGCAGUAAUAGCACUCCUAAUUUUUUCGCUCACAUGAAGACAUUCCAUGAGAUUCUUUUUCGCAUCUUCCUCAUUGUAAUAAGAACUCAAGAGCCAGGAGCCUAG